UUCCGUCUCUGACUAGACACUGCGACAACUCGUCAGAGGAAACCGUCGGGGAGAGAGAAUGAGCUAAUGGCUGCUGCUGUUCAGCGCACACAACUAUAAACAUAGUCUUUUUAGUGUGGUGGGGUAGUGAUAUGUCUUCAGGAAUGACAGGACAAACUCGCUGCGUAACCAGCCGCUGGGACAAGCCAGCCCGACCUAAAGAGAGCGCAGGUGUACAGCCGAAGCAGAAGAGUAUUGAAAAUGCAGCUCGCCCUGUGUCUUUAUCAGGAGUUGUUGGAACUGCUGGUUUAAAUAGCAAAGUUUCUCAGCAACCAGAAACUGAGGAAAAGCCAGCACAGGGAGGAGUUGAGAUGGCAGCUGCUAUGGCUGCUAAAAUAAAUGCAAUGCUAAUGGCAAAAGGGAAGCUUUUGACUCCUCCGCCAUUGCCAGCAAAGAUCAUAUCUCCAAGUAUCCCAGUACCAGCCCUUAUAGAAGAAAUGGUGGUCACAGAAGUAGAUAUAAACGAUGUGCCACUAAAUUGCAGAGACCUUCUGACUAAAGGCAAAACACAAGAGGAGAUUAGACAGUUUAGUGGAGCCAUUGUCUCAACUAAAGGUCACUACAUGACUGACGUUGAAAAGGGAAGUACAGGAGGGCAAAGACCUCUGUAUCUUCAUGUGCAGGGAAAGACCCAAGAGCAGGUCAAUAAGGCUGUGUUAAGAAUAAAGGAGAUCAUCUCUGAAGAUGUGUUGAGAGCUUCAGCAGCCUCAGGAGGACAGGCUCCUGUCAUACCGCCCCUCACGCUCUAUCCUCAGCCUCCUCGGCCUGUCAUUCCCCCUUCUGCACCACGUAUGCCCAACGCCACCGCAGUGCCAGGCCAGGGGCAUCGACCUGCAGCUCCUCACACAGGGAGUUUUGUGCACACAAAGAUAUUUGUGGGUCUGGACCAAGCAUUGCCUUCAUUCAAUGUAAAGGAGAAGGUUGAGGGUCAAGGAGGUUCGUAUCUGAGUCAUAUCCAGACAGAGACGGGGGCUCGGGUCUUCCUCAGAGGAAAAGGGUCUGGUUACAUUGAACAAGCAUCCAAACGAGAGUCUUUUGAGCCUCUUUAUGUGUACAUCAGCCACCCAAAUGCAGUUGGGCUGGAGUCAGCAAAGAAACUCACUGAGAGUCUGUUGGAAACUGUGAGAGCCGAGCAUGCCCAAAUGGUGUCAGUGUACACAGCCACAGGCUCAACACAACCAUAUGCAGCACAUGGGUAUCCAUCCAAUAGCAGCUACUCUAGCCAGGCGUCCUGGUAUACCUACCCAGCAAACGGGUAUACUGGAGGAUACGCAGCAUAUCCUGGAGCCGGUGCUUAUUGGAGUAAUACCGAUGGUCCUCCAUGUCAGUCCAACACAUCAACAAACACUUCAUCUUCCCAAGGCAUGGUUCAGUAUCCAAUGUGUCCAAGGAAACCACAUCCCUAUAUUGUCCAGGAUCCAGGCAACAGUGACACGAUGGAGCCUGGGGCAUCUUUAAACAUCCCCCCUGACUCAGGAAGUUCCAAACAGCAUUCCCAAGAAGGGGAUAAGGAUGAAGAGCCUAAGAGCUGCUUUCCAGAGUGUCCUGCUCAUCUGGAGUCAACUCUUCCUUCAACUGGAGUCAUGGCGGAAACGGUAGUAGAAAGAAUACUGAUGCCUCCACCACCGCCUGUCUUUGUGGCCCCUGUUCCUCCUCCUCCUACUUCACCUGCUCCUGCUCCAGCUUUACGCAAAAGAGAGAGAGAAGUUGUGAUAGAAGAACCGGCUAGCCUUCCCAUCAGCGCCGCAUCAUUGGAUGUUCCAGACGAGGUGUGUGUGAAGAAGACUAGAGUGAACCUAAAUGCUUCUGGGCUUGUGCCCUAUGGAGGAGAUUCCUCAGAUGAAGAGGAGGAGAGGACACGCAGCAGUAAGACAGAAAACUCAUAACUUCUGCCAGCCCUACCCCCCCGUCCCAAGAUAUCCACACAUCCAGCAAAUCCACACAAUUCUCCAACUCUUCAGAAAAGUCCACCCUUACAUGACCAUACGUUGUUAUGGACUUUAAGCUUUUUGGGAUGUGUAAGCUUAUUUCUGUCAUUUUCUGAACUACGAGAUUUUUUAAAAAUCUUAGAAAAAAUACUUUUUUUUUUUUUUUUCAUUUCUGUGUUUCAGUUAUCCUGAAUCACAGAAUGUUUACUGGUACAAGUAGCUUUUAACCUGUCCAGGGGGGAGCCUUAAACUGAUGUUCAUUUGUAGAGAUAUGUACAUUUACCCACCAGCUCAUUCAACCUCGGUGUGCAUUUAUUUGCAAACAACUCAUUUUGCAGUCGCUUUUCAUUUGACAGUGUUGCAGGUGACGUUUUUAGAAAACUCAAAUCAUCUUCUUUUUUUUUCUAAUUUGUAUUAUGUUCAUCAUUGUUGAAGCUUCACUUUUUCUUUGUUUUUAUCUGACCCUAAAUUAUGCCCAAAUUCUCUUUAGACUAGGAGAGAAAAAGCUUUAAAAGCACAUCAGCGGACACUUUAAUUAUGGAAGUACAGGGUGGACUUUUCCCGUUUCAACAUGUGAAUUCAGAUGUAAAUUACCAAACUUUUUUCUUUUUCUUUUUCAAUUCAUCUUUUGUUACUUAAAAGGCCCUUUUUAAGUCUCAUCCCAUCUUGCUGCAACAGAUGGUUUAAAUACAUAUAAAAUCCAGUUAAAUCUUUUCUUAUCUUGGAAAAUGGUGUAUGCCUGUUCCCAUGGAAUACUAUAAUAAAACACCUAAAACUGUC